AUGUCGAGCCCUCCAGCCAUGCAGGCCAAGCCGCCUGUGAACUCAGCCCGCGUGCCUUACUUGGACUUUGCGGAGGACUUCGUGGGCGUCAUCUCACGGGGCGAGAAGCGGGCGACCACGAGGUGCCCUGGGCCCAAGGACACCGAUGUCACCAGCGAUUUGGACGCGGUGAUCGCCCAGGGCUGGGCCCUGGCCACUGCCGGGGGAAGAAGUUCCUUCGCGCUGCUGGCGGUGGACCGCGUCGAGCGCCGAGCGCUGGCUGAAGUCGACGAUAGCCUCGCGCAAGAAGAAGGUCUGCACACGGGCGAUGAGCUCCGUAGCACCUUGCAGCGCUUCUAUCCAGAGCUUGCUGCCGAUGAUGUGGUGACGGUGGUGCAUUUCCAAUUGUUGAAGCUGAUCCCCGCAGCGGGCGGAUAA